UUAUAAACAAGAGAGACAAAUUAAAGAGCUCUCUCUCUCUAGAGCCAGCCAAAAGAGGAGGCAAUUGCUAGCUGAUAGUUAUCAAGCAGUGGUACAUAUGGAAGGAUUUUGCUUUCAAUGGUUAUGUGUUAUUGUAUUUUCGUAUGUGUUACUGUUGUUUACACAGAAAGCGUUUGUUCAUCUUUGGUGGACACCAAAAAUAAUUCAAAAACACUUCAAGAAGCAAGGAAUCACAGGUCCUAAAUAUCAUUUUCUCUUUGGUAACCUCAAAGAAAUUGCAAGUUUCACUACUCCAUCUUGGCCUUCCACUUUUACCUCUCAUGACAUUCUUCCCAAUGUUCUCCCCUUCUACCAUCAUUGGAAGAAAAUCUAUGGUUCAAUAUUUGUUAUAUGGUUUGGACCAACGGCUCGUGUUACCAUUUCUGAUCCAGCUUUAAUUAGGGAUAUAUUCGUCCUGAAAUCAGAUAAUUUUGAGAAAAAUGAGUCGCCGGCGCUUGUCAAGAAGCUUGAAGGUGAUGGUUUGCUUAGUCUCAAAGGUGAAAAAUGGGCUCACCAUAGGAAGAUUAUUACUCCUACAUUCUACAUAGAAAAUCUCAGGCUAAUGAUUCCCAUGAUGGGAAAGAGCAUGAAGGAGAUGUUAGACAAAUGGUCAAAAAUGUCAAACGCCAGCGGAAAAGUAGAGAUCGAAGUGUCAGAAAUGUUCUCAACAUUAGCAGAAGAUGUCAUUACGCGUAUUGUGUUCGGAAACAGCUACGAAGAUGGUAAAGCCAUCUUUGAGUUACAAGCACAACAAAUGGUUUAUGCCACCGAAGCUUAUCAAAAAGUAUUCAUCCCCGGAUACAGGUUUUUGCCUAGUAAAAAGAAUAGAAUAUGUUGGAGAUUGGAUAAAGAAGUGCGUAAAUCUUUGAGGAAGCUGAUUGAAGAAAGGAGAAAAAUAGAUGAGGCGGUGUUGUCAGAAGAAUGUCCGAAUGAUUUAUUGGAAGUAAUGAUCAAAGCAGGUAGUGAUGAUGAAUAUAGAAAUAAUAUCACAGUUAAUGACAUUGUCGAAGAAUGCAAGACCAUCUUCUUUGCAGGCAAACAUACCACGUCUAAUUUGCUCACGUGGACCACCAUUUUACUCGCCAUGCAUCCUCAGUGGCAGGAAUUAGCACGUGAUGAAGUUUUAACUGUCUGUGGAGCACGUGAUCCUCCCUCUAAACACCAAAUUUCCAAGCUCAAGACGCUAGGAAUGAUAAUUAACGAAUCUGUCCGGCUAUAUCCACCAGCAGUGGCAGCAAUCAGACGAGCCAAAGUUGAUACACAAUUAGGGGAUUUCACAUUACCUAGAGGGACUGAACUCCUUAUACCAAUCAUAGCAAUUCAUCAUGAUCAAACACUAUGGGGACAAGACGCUAACGAAUUCAAUCCAGCAAGAUUUGGUCUAGGAGUGGCACAAGCAGCAAAACACCCCAUGGCGUUCAUGCCUUUUGGCCUCGGCGCCCGACGAUGCGUUGGCCAAAAUUUAGCAGUGUUACAAGCUAAAUUAGCAAUAGCUAUGAUCUUGCAGCGGUUUUCGUUUGAUCUUUCUCCAAAUUACCAACAUGCUCCUACUAAGCUACUAACACCAUCAUUUACUACAACGAAUCCGUUCAACAACAACAUACCCAAUAUAAUCCCACAAGUGAGGUCCGGGAGGGUAGGGGAUUUACAAGACCUUAUCCUUACCUUUGUGGGGUAGAGAGGUUGUUCUCAUUUCGACAAAAAAGAAAACAUAAAUUGAAGCAUGGUAGCAAGAAAAUAUUACAGCAAAACAGCAAGAUACAAAUCAAAUGAAAACAACUAAUACUAAUACACAUAGAAGAAAAAGAAAGAAAGUGCGACAACACUCUGCAACCUACUAACCUAAUCCUGACCUCCACUCCUUUUAGGUAACAGAUUCAAACUGUAAAGAUAGAUAUGGAAGCAUAUUGAUUGUUAGUGAAAGAUUAAAUAGUGAAUCACCUCAGCAGCAAUCAUAGCAAUGAAGGCUGAGUUAUUUGUUCUGACCGGUGCUCGAUUCACCAUCUAAACUAAAAUGAUUGUAAUUGUAACCAACUACAAGAGAAUUACAAACAAAAGAAAAAAAAAACUUUGUCAAUCACAUGGCUAAACCUAAUUAGCAAAAACAUGAAUUUGGGGAUUCUGAUAAAACUUCAGAUGCAAAUUAAGUCUAAACCAAGGAAGUAAAACAGAAUCACAAUAUAUUAAUUGUACUAGGUUUUUCUGAAUGUCGAAAUACGAGAGGAGCCAUGUAAAUCAAAUGUUGAUAAUAUACUAAUUUAAUCCAGACGAAACAGGAAAUAAAACAGACUGAAAGAAACUCCGAAUAGCUUACG